UGGGAGGCCAACAGUGAAGUAAUUUACACGGCAGCCCCAGCCAUGAUGAGCCCAUCCCACCCGAUGCUGGAUAAAGAGGAGGAGGGCUCUCUUCAGCAGGACUUGGCCACAGGCACCAGAGGAAGAGGGAGGACCCCUCACUGCCAACCCAGCUCUGCCAAAGUCUCCACUGAGGUAAACUGGAUACUUCCCCUGGAAACUGGAAGCCCACAAUGGUGGUCCAGGCUAUCCUAUGGAUCCUGUACGGAUUGCUGCUGCAGCCGGAGCCAGGCACAGCGACCCUGCCCCUGCUCAUGGACUCUGUCAUCCAGGCACUGGCUGAGCUCGAGCAGAAGGCACCAGCCACCGAGGCUGGCCCCACUGCCUCUUCAUGGCUGCUGUCAGCCCAGGACUCUUGUGCCCACAACCCUCUCCAACACUUCUUGCUGGAGGAGCAGAGUCUCAAGACCACCAUGCUGGAUCCUCCUUCACUGAGCCCAGAGCUUCAAGGCCUGACCAUGGAGGUGGCGAGACAUGGUGUGUGGGACGGGAAGGAAUGCGGGGUGGUGCUGGCACCCGAUGGCUCAACCGUGGCUGUGGAGCCUCUUCUGGCAGGGCUGGAGGCAGGGCUGCAGGGGAACAGGGUCGUAAACCUGCCCUUAGACAGCACGGGCACCCCUCCGGACGCUGGCGUCACCCUUCCUGACUUUGGAGCCACGGUUCCUGAUGUAAGAGCCGCCUCCCCAGGACUCAGGGAUACCUCUUCAGAUGUCACCUGGGCAGAUGUCGGAGCUGUGUCUCCAAACGUUAGAGCCACAGAUCUAGAUGUCCAAGUCACCUCUCCAGAUGUCCAAGCCUCCUCAGCAGAUACCAAAGCCAAGUUCCCAACCACUGUGGACAGCCUCCUAGUGGUCACCCUGGCCAGAGACCUGGGCCUGAACUUCCUCCAGGGCCCUCAGACCUGGAGCCAUUCACUGGGAACUGAGGGCUGCUGGGACCAGCUCUCUCUUCCCCGGACCUUCACGCUCCUGGACCCUGAAGCAUCAACCCUCACCACGGCCUUCCUCAAUGGUGCCCUGGAUGGGGCCCUCCUUGGAGACUACCUGAGCCGGUCCCCUGAGCCCCGGCCACCCCUCAGCCACCUGCUGAGCCAGUACUACGGAGCCGGGGUAGCAGGAGACCCAGGAUUUCGCAGCAACUUCCGACGGCAGAACGGAGCUGCUCUGACUCCAACUCCCAUUCUGACCCAGCAGGUAUGGGGGGCCCUCAUCCUGCUGCAGAGGCUGGAGCCAGCACACCCUCAACUUCAGGGUAUGAGCCAAGAACAGCUGGCACAGGUGGCCACCCAUGCUACCAAGGAGUUCACUGAGGCCUUCCUAGGGUGUCCAGCCAUCCACCCACGUUGCCGCUGGGUCGCGGCCCCGUACCAGGGCCGCCCGAAGCCACUGCAGCUGCCGCUCGGGUUCUUGUAUGUACACCACACAUACGUGCCCGCGUCACCCUGCACGGACUUUGAGCGCUGCGCCGCCGACAUGCGCUCUAUGCAGCGCUUCCACCAGUAUACUCGCGGCUGGGACGACAUAGGCUACAGUUUCGUGGUGGGCUCAGACGGCUACGUGUACGAGGGCCGCGGCUGGCACUGGGUGGGUGCGCACACACUCGGCCACAACUCCCGCGGCUUCGGCGUGGCCUUGAUAGGCAACUACACUGUGGAGCGGCCCGCAGAGGCCGCGCUGCGCGCGGUGCGCGACGAGCUCCCGCGCUGCGCUGUGCGCGCCGGCUUCCUGCGGCCAGACUACGCGCUGCUCGGCCACCGCCAGCUCGUGCGCACUGACUGCCCGGGCGACGGGCUCUUCAACCAGCUGCGCACCUGGCCGCACUUCGACAAGAACGUGAAACCAAGAACUGCCAGGAGGGCCUCUAGGAGAUCCAGGAGGACCUCUAGGUGAUCCAGUAGGAGGCCACCUCCAACGAUCCUGCUAGCCACAGACCUCCAAUAAAGAGACCAUGGGAAGAAAGCCUGUGUCCAUGCAUCAUCUGCGUUUGCACAUUCUGUCUUAGUUUAGGGUUGCCCAGAAGCAGACCCUGGGACAAGAAUCCUUGUCGAUAAGUAGUCGUCUGAGCAGUGAUCCCAGGACAUGUCAGCUGGGGAAUAAGGAAGUGACACAGGGAAGGGAAGGCAGCUGGGAAAGGGUGCUUUAUCAGGCAUGUGGGUAUGGGAGGCACGUGGAGCUCAAUCCCACCAGGGACCCUUGGGGGACAGUGUAGGUCACACACCGCAGAGUCAUCCCACUCAAAGGGCAAGGCAGCUGGAGUACUGAUCCUCCAACUUCCAUAGUCAUUGGCUGAGGGCUGCUCCCAGGGCAGUGUUAAUGUGUUGGCACUUUGGGACUGCUUGUUGCACGGGCAGUGUGGACUCCACCUGCCAGAGAAAGUCCUCCAGCAAAAAUGCAGGGAGUUGGGAGUGGGGCCAGUAUGCAGUGAAGUGGUACAGGCUCAGAGACAUGGUGGAACACAGGGAGACUCUACCUGUAUGUGCAGUGAGUGGACUGAGUGUGGUAAGAAUGAGGUGGGCAUAGCUAAGAUAUGUGCACCCGCAAGAACAUGUCCAGCACCAGGAAAAGGAUUUUUGACCCUCGCUGAAGACCCUCUUCCUCAGGACAGGUUAUAGAAUGUUCAAGGCCCAGUGCGAAAUGAAAAAUGCAGGCCCUGUCCAAAAAGUUAAAUCAAGCGCAAUGCAGAGCCCUUCUGAGCCCAGUGACUGCACAGGUCACAUGCUCGUGAAGGCAGUCCUACCCAUCCCACCCUAUGAAUUCCGGUCACGCUUGCCUUUGCACAAGCCGUCCCUUCUACCUGGCGUGUUCUUCCCAUGACCAGCUCCUCCUCAUGCUCAGCCC